AUUAAUUUACCAAUUAAGGACUCCAGUUUGGAACAGGCAUCACACUUUGGGGAAGUAGGAGUGGACCAUAACCACCUGAUACAUAUGAAACCGGCAAUGAACAUACAACUUCAUCCACAAAGCCCUAAAAUGUCUACCAAAAUCAACACAAUAACUCCAAAAAAGCGAAUAAAUUUCCAAUGCACAUCUGAAAACGAACAAGCUCACUGAGCGGACGAACAAAUCUGAAGACAAGUUUAUACAAGAACAAAAAAAAAUAUAUCGAUAUUUAAAUCACAUCCUUAACAAAUUCUAUACCAAUUGAUAUUUUUAUAUCAGCUCCUUACUAACAAACCAAUAAAAAGCGCACACAGAUAUUAGACAUUCAACCAAAACUUAUAAACCCCCUCUUUUGGUAAAAACACAUGCAAGAUAUCACACAUGCAUUAUGGGCAUCUUUUAUUAAUCAACAUCUCCUUCCACAUGCAUCCGCCAAACAGCCAACUAAAUAAUCAUGACAGGCUGAACAACGAAGAACAACGAAACGACCAGGAACUUGGUAGCGCUACCCCCUAUAAAGUACAAAUUUAUAUAUUUGCAAAUUUGCAGCAUUCGUGAUGCUCAAUAGGAUAUGGAUCUCCAUUGACUCUAACAGAUACAUCAAACAAGAUUAAGAGCGGGACAAAGGGGGAUGUCUCCGCGUUAAGGCCAACUCUGAUGCCAGCCGUUCCAGCAAUUCUUGAUCGUAUCAGGGAUGGUGUGUGGAAAAAGGUGUGAACUGACUCUUUAGACUCUGUAAAUUUACCAUAUCUCAAUAAGUAAUUUACCAGACGACCUGAGUUUUAGGAGGCCGUGUUCGUUUUAUGCUGUCUGGAGGUGCUCCUCUUUCUGGAAAUACUCAAAGAUUUACCAACAUCUGCCUCGGUGUCCCGGUAGUUCAAGGGUAUGGGCUCACCGAGACUUGUGCUGCUGCAACUUUCUCCGAGCAUGAUGAUACAUCCAUUGGCCGUGUUGGACCUCCACUUUCUUGCGCCAUCAUCAAGUUGAUAGAUUGGCCUGAAGGCGGCUAUUUGGCGAAUGAUUCUCCAAUUCCUCGGGGAGAAAUAGUGGUUGGGGGACCUCAUGUUAGUGUUGGUUAUUUUAAAAACGAUGAGAAAACAAAGGAAGUAUACAAGGUACUUACAUGA